UCGCCACUUUCGUUCGGUGAUGUAUCGUGUUAUGGUUAUGAUACGUACUGUGAUAUUUUACAAGUAGAGGUUCACCGAUUGUAAAGAAGCGAUGGAAGGCACGGCGCGAAAGAAAACUCGGAAGGAAAAACCUGGUGUGUCCAAAGACGAUGGCGCAACACAAAGCUAUGAUAGAAAUACAUUGGAUUCGAAUAUCUAUCUAACCUACGACAUUCUGAGAAUUAUCUUUCAAUAUUUAAAGGCCAAGGACUUAGGAAGUGCCGCGAUGGUUUGCAGAUCCUGGUCAGAAGCUGCAAAUAAUGAGAAAUGUACAAGAGGUCCUUGUUGUUUCAUACAGUAUGACAACACACUGCACAGUUAUUUUAAUAGACUUUAUAAUAUAAGAAUUAAACCAUCGACAGGAUUCUUUUUUAUUCCUGAUGAAGCGUCACGUGAUACAGGAGUUUUUUAUAGAGAGGAUUGGCUACCUGAUCAUUGCGAGGUUAUAAUGUUAUAUAGUGAAAGUAUUAUUAUGGAUAAUGACGAAAUGGAGCGUAUGAAUAAUCUAUUUCCAAGUAUGGUGUGUGCAUUUUUACCACAAAUCCCGAACGUGAGAAUAAAAUCGUUUGAAGUGGGGAGUUGUGGUAUACAAAAAAAAGCUAAUUUAUAUCAAGAGAUAAUAAGUACAAUUGAUGAACAUGAAACAUCUAUUUCAAAUCACGAGACAUCUACAUGUUUUAUGUUAUUCUGUAAUUACAAUGGUCACAAAAUAGCAAAACAUUGGGCCUCAGCCGUGCAAAAAAGGAAAGAAGAUAAAAUUGUUUCUGUAUGGGGUGGUGUGGUACAAGAUAUUUACAUGCGACAUAUAUGUAAAACGAAAAAGAAAUUGUUGCAUAAAAUAGAUGCAUAUUGUGUUGCUGUCCUGAUUACUGGUCCUAUACAGACGUGGUCCACGAUUUUAGACAUGAAAUGCAACACAAAGGAGCAGGUUGAAGCAAAAUUAAAGUUAUUUAGGGAUGAAGUGAAGUUAAAGAAACAUUCCAUAGGAUUUAUGUUUGCGUGCAAAGCUCGCGGAACUACAAUGUACAAUGAACCUAAUGUGGAAUCAACGAUAUUCAAAAGAUUAUUCCCCAAGGUACCCUUAGCAGGUUGCUUUGGCUAUGGCGAAUUUGGAAAAAAUACUAUCGUUGAUGAAGUAAACGAAGAAAAAAAUGGCAAAGAGGAACGUAAAAAACGUAAAAAAUCUAAAUCUUGGUAUAAUGAAUUCUCUACUGUGUUUUUGAUAAUUACGUAUGGUUGACGUUUUGAGAGAAGAUAUAUAUGAGUGCUGUGUGCUACGAAUAUAUUUUAUCAUUCGUGCAUUGCUAGUUUUAGGUCUUGUAUUCACUCAUCUUUUUCUUUGUUAACAAGACCUGAAAGCAAUUGCCUCGACAUUCACAGAACAAAAAACAUACAGCGAACGUAGCAAUAAAUCCGGAUACACAAAUUUUACAUUGUACCUUAUUCUUAAAUGUAAUCUGCGAACGCGCGUUUUGUACGAGUCCAAAAGUGAUGUUACCGACGAAUAAGAAAACAAGUUAUAACUUACGACAAAUAUAUUAUGUUCGUACUACA